AACACCAACCUCAUUCAGUGUUGGUUUCCGGGUGUAGGUUCAAUCCUCAUUAUUAGUUGAUUCAAGAGCUGAUUGUUCCAAAAGGUUCACAUCAAUGUCGGAGGCGGCAGUGGUGAUGGGAUGAAAGACAUUAAGCAGGGUAGCGAUAACCCAGACGGCCCUAAAGACGUCACGAAGCCACGCCUUCUUGGCUCAAUUGUUUCGAAAGCCCCCGCAAAGAGCAAAGGCGAUCUAGAGAUCAUGAGCAUUACCACCUUCUUCUGGAUGGUGGACCGCUGUGUUCCUUUCCUACGAUUUCAAAUCGAGGACCACAUCAUGAACGACUAUUACAAGGCUCUCGACAAGAUCAUGAGACGCGCCAAAGAGCACCCGAACACUCAUGGCCACUAUGGUGGCUGGGGUAUUGCACCCAUCAUUGAUUCGUACGAGGGCAUCAUGACCGCUGCUGGCUCUGAAGCUCGCACACCCGGCCACUACUUCUUGAACCACGACCCCGAGGCCAAAGAUGCUGCGGAACACGAAGAAAACCCAGCGCACAGGCACAAGCACAGGCACAAGCAGACCAAUGAAUACAUGCACCCCGUAGUGUAUCACACGUUUGAGCAAGUAUGGGAGCCUAGCGAAAAGAUUCCUGAAGCUUUGCAGGGCUUCAGGCGCGAGCCGUUGGGCCCUGGCCUGGGUCACCAUUGGAUCAAGACGUACAAAGCGAACCAACCCGGAAUACUAAAGCGCGGCUGGUCCUACCUUUGGGGUAAGGCCACACCAUCAGACAGCGAGAACGACCUUGUAUCUAUCCCAGAGUUCGUCAUUCCUCAGCAAGGGUGGCACAAGGAUGGAUUCUACUGGGUCCCAUACGAGCGUGAGCUGAUUACCGCGGCAUCGAAUCGCAGCAUGCGACAAGGUGGCUACAUGCCACCAGAAGAGCGGGAGAAGCUAGUAAAGGAAAAAGUGGAUGAGAUGAAGGUCGACAAUGAAGGCCUCGAGUUUCUGCAAAAACUGGACGAGGAUAACAAGCACACGAAGGAGUUUCUCGACUGGCGAAAUAAGGAAUUCACCGCGACAAAUCCAGACUACCAGGAAUGGUAGUCAAUUUUGUUUUGAAUUUACGUUUCUCCUGAAUCCACGAUUAAUGAAAGCUGGUAAUCUAUGAGAAUAUACUACUGGAUUGUUGCUUGAAUCGUAAAUGAAGCGCAACGAUACAACUGGGUCGUACAGUGACUGUAACAUGUAUACGAAAUCUGAAAGCGGACACCUUUUAGACAUCAAAAAUCUUGAAGGCCCUGGCAUUAAAUCCUGGUAGACGCCGGAAGGAUCAUAAACUUUCGCGAUCUUCUUCAUGAACGCCACUUUCUUAGCGCCAUACACAGAAAGAGGAUUCAGGUCCUUAUCGGCAUAGUCGAGGUACAGGUAUUCCA